UCAUGAGAGUAGGCUGAGUAGCUCUAGUAGUUGUAGUAGCCGCCCGAUGUCAACGCACCAGAUACCAGACAUCUCAUUGCACCAAUAGUCAUCAGCAUCUCUCUCUCUCUCCCUCUCUCUCACACCUCUCACCUCUCUCUCCUUUUAUUGCUCAUUCAGGCGUUCAUUCUCCUUUGUUUAUUUGCCUCGGUAGGGUCACCGCCACCGGGCUAUCAGCUGCCUCCAUAACCAUAGCAGCCAUAGCAAAGAAAUUUACAGAGAAACUCUCUCAUGGAGAUAAGCCAAGAGCUGGUACAACCUGAAGCUUCGAGACUCUCGCCCAGCAGCUCCGGAUCCGGAAGAAGAAGCAGUGUAUCCAGCUCGCCCGAAUUCGAGUUCUGGAUGGUCCGAAACCCGUCCUUCCCACAACCCAAUCUCCUCUCCGCCGACGAGUUGUUUGUCGACGGCGUCCUGCUUCCCCUCCGCCUCCUCCCAAACCACUCCGACCCACCCGACCCGAAUCCCCGCCCCGCGGACCCAGAUUCUCCUGCUCCCGACCCAGAUCUGGAGCCCGCCCCAGGACCCCAGUUGUCGUCCUCGCCUCCGGACUCGUCGCCGUUGACGGCGUCCAAGCGCUGGAAAGACAUUUUCAAGAAAGGGGACAAGAAAAUGGGUCCCGCCGAAGAUAAGGAGAAGAGAAAAGAGAGGAAGGGUUGCAGCGGGCACGGGGGGACCAGCUCGCCGGAGCUUAAUAUCAAUUUGUGGCCUUUUGCCCGGAGCAGAUCCGCCGGGAACAAUGGAAAACGGGUGGGAGCUUCGGGAACCCGGAAGGUGAGCAGCGCGCCGUGUUCGCGGAGCAACUCGGGUAGCGAGUCGAAGUCCAGGAAGUGGCCGAGCAGUCCCGGUCGAGCCGGGGUCCAUUUGGGCCGGACUAGCCCGGUCUGGCAGGUCCGCCGAGGAGUCCCCUCCGGUGCCCGGAGUCCGGAGCGUUUAGUCCGGAAUACAGCAAAGGGGAUUAAGAAAGAAGCAGCUGCGGGCACUCGCUGGAGUAAAGCCCAAACCUCCGCCGCUCCCGCCGCAGGCGGCGGCGGAGCUAAGGUCAGAGUUUUGAAUUUGAAUGUCCCAAUGUGUAUUGGGUACCGGAAUCAUUUAGACAGUAGAAGUGAUGAAAACGGUGCCGUUGCAGCCGGCUGCGACGUGGGCGUAGGCGGGGGCCAGACUGGGCCGAGCGGCGGUGCUGGCUGCGCCGACGGUGGACGUGGCAGUAACUUUUUCAACCUGCGCAGUCUCUUCGCUAAGAAAGUGUACUAGUAAUGUUAUUAUUUCUGCCUCUUGAAAUACUAUUAUUAAAUUUUAAUUUUAAGUUAUUCUAUCUCUUCACUUCUUUGUACUUAAUCAUGGAAGAACGAUUUCUAACUUAAUGAUUGUUUUAAGCUUUGUUGACUUCAUGCAUAAGUAAAUAUUUUAUUUUCAUUGAGUAUUAAUGAAUUAUAAAUAUGUUAUGUUGGCUCUA